CGUUACGGCGCACGCUGCUCAUCCACGCAUUCCAUCUUCUGGACUGCUUUCUGUCCUAGGAAUAUGUUCGGAUUACGAUUUUUCUCCGCAGAUGACUUUGACGACGAGGGUACGGACUUGGUCACGCCACUGACGAUCUUCUUCGCUUUCGGCAUAUAUCUGGUGUUUAGGAGGUACCAGAAUAAUCGCAAUCGACCUAUACCCUUCCGUUGGGUUCAGCCUAAGGAAGCCGAACCAGGCUGGCAAUCAAUAGUAAUCGAGAGCCCCGGUUUGCGGUCCCAUGAGACUAGGCCUGACCUUUUGCCGCCCCUUCAUCCAGAAGGGAGGGAAUACAUUACCUGCUAUGAUCCAGCGACUGCCUUCCACCUCGAUACUAUCCUCGCGGAUGACUCUUCCGAGAUAGAGCGGAAGAUAGAAUCGGCUCGCACCGCCCAACAAACCUGGCGUAACACUUCCUUUGCUCAACGUCGGAGGGUGAUUAGGAGCUUGAAGAAGUGGCUUGUAGAAAACCAGGAGACAUGCGCUCGAGUGGCAUGCCGUGACACGGGGAAGACGAUGAUUGAUGCGGCUUUGGGUGAAAUCCUUACAACAUGCUCCAAAAUGGACUGGAUCAUUACGCACGGAGAAAGAUAUCUCAAACCUGAACCCAGGAGGACAAAUUUGAUGCUCAGCUAUAAACGCUCCGAAGUCCACUACGAACCGCUGGGAGUUGUCGCAGCUAUCGUCUCAUGGAAUUAUCCCCUGCAUAACGCGUGGUCGCCUAUCCUGGCCGGUUUAUUCGCAGGCAAUGCCGUCGUGGUCAAGUGCUCCGAACAAGUAAUAUGGUCGACUCGAUGGUUCGUAGGAGCGAUCAAGGAAUGCCUGAAAGCCUGUGGCUACAGUCAGGAUCUGGUCCAGUUGGUCUGCUGUUGGCCGAAUGCAGCCGAAGCAUUAACCAAGUCACCACAUAUCAAACACAUUACCUUCAUAGGUUCAGAGGAAGUAGGACGGAAGGUGGCGCAAGCUGCUACUGAACAUUUAACGCCUGUAACCUUGGAACUUGGAGGCAAGGACCCGGUGAUUAUCCUUCAAGGCACGGAUCUUACGAAACACGCAAGCGUCUGGAUGAGAGGGGUCUACCAGAAUCUGGGCCAGAACUGCAUUGGGAUUGAGAAGAUACUAGUACAUUCAACACAAUACGAUGAGUUGUAUGAACUGUUAGUAGAUCGGGUCAAAGACCUGCGUUGCGGCGCUGUCCUCCCUCAAGUUGCAGAUGACUAUCUGCAUCCCGUGGACUGCGGCGCCAUGAUCUCAACGGAGCGUUUCGACCAUCUGGAAAUGAUCAUUGAAGAAGCGAAAAGUGCAGGGGCGACUGUCGAAGUAGGCGGCAAACGCCAUUCUCAUCCUUACCAUGCGCAUGGCGCGUUCUUUACGCCCACCAUCGUUGGUGAUGCCCCUCAAAUGACGAGAAUUGCUCAGGAAGAACUCUUUGCUCCGAUAGCCCUUCUCAUGCCUUACGACACCACUGAAGAAGCUAUCGAGAUUGCGAACGGCACUCGCUACGGCCUCGGUGCUAGCGUCUUCGGUCCCAACCAAGAAGAAUGCAUUAAUGUGGCAAAACAUCUCGAAUGCGGGAUGGUGUCUGUGAAUGACUUUGGUGUAUUCUAUCUGAAUCAGGAUCUACCUUUCGGGGGCACUAAAGCCAGCGGAUACGGUCGCUUUGGAGGGCCUGAGGGCCUGCGAUCAUUGACGAACCCGAAGGCUAUCGUGGUGGACCGGUGGCCUUGGCUCGUACAAACGAGUAUCCCGAAGGUAUUGGAUUACCCUAUUGGUUCAUUACAGCAAAGCUGGGCCUUUGUGAGCGGACUCGUUGGGUUGCUCUAUGCGGAGGGGUGGCGGGCUCGAUUUGAUUCACUGACGAAGCUCAUUAAUGCCGCCGGGCGAUGAGGGUAUGCUUGGAAGUACGAUCUACUGCGCAUCUGUAUAUACUUUAUCUACCUACGAAACCUGCAUCUUCGAACAUUUACUUCGUCCAACAACGAACGUCAAAGCAGAUC